AUGGAUAAAGAAGAAAUUAUGGAUGGGGAAGAUGUUUGGGAUGGAGAAGAAUCUACUAAGUAUGGAGAAGAAAUCAAGGAAGAAGAAAAUGAAGUUAAGGAAGCAGAAGAAGUUAAGGAGGAUGGAGAAGAUUGUAGGGAAGUAGAAAAGGUUAAGAAUGAAGAACAAGUUAGGGAAGGAGAAGAGGUUAAGGAUGGAGAAAUAGUUUGGGAUGGGGAAGAAGUGAAGGAAGGAGAAGAGGUUAAGGAAGAAGAAGAAGAAUAA